AUGGAAAAGAACAUCUGCUACCGGCAACGAAGGAGAAAAGAAGUCGUCUACGACGAUUACGUACUCGACGUCUCCUUGUCCCAAGGUGACUGGCACAUCGAGGAGGACCCAAACGUGGACUACGAGAUGCUGCUCAGAGGAUUACGAGCCUGUGCUGAACGUGCCUCGAAGCCGCGCACGACAAACUUGGAUCGAAUUUCGAAGACCACCAAGGAAUUGUUGGAAAGAAGAAGGGCUUUGAGGCUUGAUCCGAAUGCAUCGCACAUUGAGCGACAGAAGAAGAUUCUGGAAGCAGCACAAAGAAGAACGAGUCUAAAGAAGUGCCGCAGGGAUCUCCGCGAAUAUAAUAUUGGGUUAGCAACCUUGCUGAGCGAAGACGGGACUCGCACGUCUUCUCGUCGUGAGAUGGAAAUCAUUACGGAGAGGUUCUACUCGAACCUUUUUCGUUCAUCAACUCCUGUGUCAAGACCGAUCAUCCCCACUGGUGAAGCUCCACCACGGAUUCUCCCUUCGGAAGUACGAGUCGCUAUCAAAAGCAUGAAACCUGGCACAGCCCCCGGACCUGAUUUUAUAUCAGCAGACUUUCUUCGGGCUGGUGGCCAUCCGCUUCAUGUAAUCUUAGCAGCGCACAUGACAUCCUAUCUUCAGAAAGAAAGGAUCCCAGACCAGUGGAAGACCUCGCGAACCGUUCUUAUCCAUAAGAAAGGUGACCGAGAGGACCUUCGGAACUACCGUCCGAUAUGCUUGCUGAGCGUGUUGUACAAAGUAUUCACCAAGAUCAUCCUCACUCGCAUAUCUAGGACGCUGGAUGAAGUCCAGCCUCAAGAACAAGCUGGAUUCCGCCAGGGGUUCAGCUGCUUGGACCACAUCCAGUGUCGAGGGUCAUACAGGUUUGCCGGGAAUACCGCCUGCCCCUUGUUCUAA